ACCAUGUGUCAUGUGUGUGGGUGUCAUGUGAUUAGUCAUCGGUGUGCGGCGCGUGCACGUGAGGUGCGGCGCGGCUCACCGGCGCUGUACAGUACAGGUAACCAAGUACAUGUAAAAUGAGAAUGGUAAAUACAUGUAGUUACAUGUACCUCCAUUCUUAUUGCUACGUGUGGGUACAAAAAGUACAUUGGAUACACGCUGCAUGACAUCAGUCAGGACCUUGGUUCAACAGGAAGAUGAUCAGCUCCCCAUUAUACAAGAUCUCUUUUGAUGACCACAGUCAGCCUUUAGUGUUCCAUUCAGUCUUUGUUGCCCGCAGCAGAAAAUACCAGCAAUGGAUGACCAGCCCAAGUACUUUGAUCGAAUCCUUGAAUUCGACGGCCAAGAUCUAACUAUCAAGCAGUGUUACUUUGGUGAUGUCGGCUGUGUUGUGUGGGAUGCUGCUCUAGUCUUGUUGAAAUUCUUAGAGUUGGAUUUUUUCAAGCCAAAACGUGACAGUUUGGAGAAGAAACAUGUGAUUGAGCUUGGUGCAGGCACAGGAGCUGUUGGACUAGCAGCAAGUCUACUUGGAGCUGAUGUGACGGUCACAGAUCUGGAAGAUUUUAUACCGUUGAUGCAGCUGAAUAUCGAUACCAACAAAAGUGUUAUCAGAGGGACCAUUACUGCUAAGACUCUUCAAUGGGGUGCUUCAGUGGCCAACUUCCUCCCUCAUCCAGAUGUAAUUCUGAUGUCAGACUGUGUUUACUAUUUAGAGUUUCUUUUAAAGGCUGUUGAUGAUCUUGUGAAGACAAUGAAUGAGUUGAGUGGUCCAGAAACAGUCAUCCUGUGUAGCUAUGAAGAGAGAACCAUGGGACAAAACCUCCAAUCUCUAGACAGAUUCCUUAAGCUUGUGCAUGAAAUAUUCAGCGUGGAAGAAGUGCCUCUUGACCAGCAAGAUCCAGUCUAUCGGAGUGAAGAUAUACACAUAUUAACCAUGAAGAGGACAGCACCAGACUCGAGACAAAAUUCUCAUGUUGACAAAUGAAGGCACUAUUUGACUGUAAAAACUGUAUUGAUUAAAGAGAGGUUCCUCUUGGCAUCAGGAAGAUUUUGGCAGUGGUGAAGAAAAGGAGUGUCCCCAUCUCAUUCCUUGCCAGUUGACACAUGGAAUUAAGCAUCACAUGCACUGCUUAAAGGUCUUCCAAUUAAUCGGUGUAAAGAUCUAGUA